AUGUCGAAAGUUGUCUUUGGCGAUCUUUUUAUAAAUUUUCAUCAUCAAGAUGACCAUCCCGAAAUUUAUGGCGGAUCAUCAUCGGACCGAUUGCUUUCUCAACACUUUGCAUCAGUUUACGAGGAAAGAAUUGCGAAAAACAAAAAGGUUUAUGAUCAUUUAACAGCAUUCUUUAAGAGAAAAAAUCAAUCUGCUGUGGAGUACAUUGAAGAAAAUCCGUUACCAGACAAUGAUUGUAAAUUAGCACUUCUUAAAAUUGUUCGUGCUGAUGGUCGUGUUUUGGAACAUGCAUCGGAUGAUUUGAAGAAUGAUGAACUGGUUGUACUGGCAGCUAUCAAAGAGAACGUUUCUGCAAUUGAAUUUGCAAGUCAAAGGUUGAAGACUGACAAGAAUUUUGUGUUGAAGGCACUAAAAUGUAAACCAAAAAUGUUUGUGGAUUCAACUCUGUUCGAACAUUUACCACAUUUUCACGAUGAUGACGAAAUUGCGAGGUUGGCUGUUGAACAACAACCAAAAUGUUUACAAUAUGUUUCAGCCAAUUUGAAAAAUAAUAGAGAUGUUAUUUUGAAAGCAAUCAAGAAAGACGGUUCAGUUCUAGAAUAUGUUCCAGACAAUUUAAAAGAUCGAGAAAUAGUUCUAUUAUCCACCAAAAGUUCUAGAUAUACGUGUACUCUUAGAUUUGCACCAAAAGAAUUUACUGCUGAUAAGGAAAUAGUAUUGAGUGCUGCUAACUCUCCAGGUUUUUAUUUCUUAUACGCAGCCGAAAGCUUGCGAUCAGAUAGAGAUUUUGUUUUGGAAAUUGUAAAGAAGAAAGGAGAUAGUUUGAGAGAUGUUUCACCACAAUUUAAAAAGGAUAGAGAAAUAGUUUAUGAUGCUGUUAAAUCUGGAAGGGCUUUACAAUAUGCAGAUCCUAUUUUCUGGAAGGAUAGGGAAAUAGCGACUCUUGCUGUUUCGAAAGAUGCUCACUCGCUCUCCUCACUGACAGAUCUGAAAGAAGAUAGAGAAUUCAUUUUGAACUGUAUUUCUGGAGCAAAUAAUUUUUUCACUUUUCUUGAUUACGUUAAUUCAUCUCUAGCCAAUGAUAAUGAUUUUAUUGACGAGUUAUUGGAUAUUCAAUGUAAAUACAGCAAUGCCAUGUGGUAUUCCAAAGAGGAUUUCAAAGCACUUAAUGCAUCACGACAAAAAAGAAUCGUCAACAUUGAUCCAGCGUGUUUCGAAAAUAUAUCUCACGACGAGUUAAAAACUGAUAGACAAUUAAUUUUAGACUGUAUACUAUCCGAGCGUAAAGUUUUAGAGAAUUUAAAUGAAGAGUUUAGAAAUGAUAGAGAAUUGAUCAGAUUAGCUGUAAAGCAACAUUAUGGGGCUCUAGAAUAUGCUUCUGAUGAGCUGAAGAACGACAGAGAACUGGUAUUAGAGGCAAUUUUAUUUGACUCAACAAAUUUUACCUUUGCGUCUAAGGAAUUGAGAAUGGAUACAGAAAUAUUAGAGUGUACAAUAAUUAAAGACAGUACCUUCUUAGAAUAUGCUCCUGAAUCUGUGAGAAGAGACAGAGAAUUUGUUUUAAGAGCAAUUAGAAAUUCAUUUAAUACUAUUUCUCAAUACUUUGGAUAUAAUUUGAAAGAAGAUAGAGAUUUAAUAUUGGAACAUGCUAAAAGAACAGGAAGCAUCGAAACUUUGCCACAGGAAUUCAAACAAGAUAGAGAAAUAGUUUUAACAGCUAUUCAACUUUAUGGAAGUGAAUUUAAAUAUGCAAGUCGCUCUCUCCUAAAUGAUAGAGAAUUAUUAAUAAUUGCACUAAGAAAUGGGUUCAGAUUGAGUGAUUACAAUGAAAUAGAAUUAGAUAGAGAGAUUGUUUAUGAAUCAUGUAGAUACGAUCGAAAUAAUCUAAAGAAUGUUCCAGAACAAUAUAGAGAUGAUGAGGAAAUAGUUGAAGCAGCAAUAUCUUAUACAGAGACAGGGUACGGACAUUAUUUUUUUGAAUGUGUUUCAGAUCGAUUAAAGAGUAAUGUAGAUUUUAUGAGAAAGAUGGCAAAGAUUUAUGGUUAUGUAAUUCAUUACGUUCCAGAAUCACUUGCAAAUGAUAGAGAGCUUAUUUUAAAUGCUGUCAGUCAAGAUGCAAGUACCUUACAGUAUGCAUCUGAAGAAUUGAAGAACGAUAAGGAAGUCAUCCUUACAGCUUUAAAAAUAUCAGCAGAGUGUUAUCAACAUAUCUCUGAAGAAAUGAAAAAUGAUGAAGAAGUAUUAGAAGCAUUGAGAAAAUGGUUGCCUGCAGAAUUUUUAAAGAAACCAGUGAAUCUUAAUAAGGAAGCAGCAAUGAUUGCAUUAAGACUUAGAUCACUAAAUGAUUUAGACUAUUCUUUUAAAAAUGAUAGACAGUUUGCCCUUAUGGCUGUAAAUGUAAAUAUGAAUAAUCUUUUGUAUGUUUCCAAUAGACUGAAAAUGGAUAGGAACUUUAUUUUGGAGAUUGAACCAAAAACUUACGAUAUACUUAACGUACCAAUUAGGUUAAGAGAAGACAGAGAAAUAGCUUUGAGAUCACUAGAGCUAAGUGGUGAUUCAAUUAUGCACUUGUCUGCAGAGUUAAAGAAUGAAUUUAAAAAUAAUAGAGAAAUUAUGCUAAAAGCCAUCAAAAGCGAUGCUGUUGCAUUCCUUUAUGCCAGUGAAGAACUGCAAAACGAUGAAGAAUUUGUUUUGGAGUGUGCUUCUGUCAAUGGAAAGGUUUUGCAAUAUGUACCUCUUAAGUUUAUACAUAACAGAAAUGUUGUUCUAAAAUGUGCCCAAAACCAUCAAGACACACUUCAAUUUGCAGUACCUGAAUUCCUAAACGAUAAGGAAAUUGUAAUGCACGCGGUUAGUCAUGAAACAAGUUAUUCUGCCCUCUGUUAUGCAUUGUUUGAAAUGAGAAAUGAUAGAGAUAUUGUUCUGAGAGCUAUACAGCACGAUGUUACAGCUCUUGAGGUAGCCUCUUACGAAAUUAUUAGUGAUGAAGAUUUUAUUGCUCAAGCAAUGGAUAUCAAUAUUGAAUCACUUCGUUUUGCACAUUAUUCAUUGAGAUACAAUACUGAAUUCCUCAAACGAAUGAAUAAGAAUAAUAGAAUAGUUGAAAACGCUUCAAAGAAAUUGAAGAAGACAAUUGAUUUCGAUAGUUUAGUGAAACAAAACAAAUAA